CGCUCGACGCCCACGCCCAGCCGUGGGCGCAUUUGACUACCGCAGAAACUUCGUAGCCGCACCGGAACGUCGACGAUGAUUCUCGACAGGCAACCUGUGGGCAUGGCAAUGCUCUCUCUCAAGAUCAGUGUACCUGACAACAAGGUGAUCAAGACUAUCCAGUUUGAGCCUGGCACGCUUGUCUACGAUGCCUGCCGGGUCAUUCGUGAUAAAGUUCCAGACUCUGCUCUUGGAGACGCCAAGGAGUAUGGGCUGUUUCUGACAGAUGAUGACCCAAAAAAGUCUGGCUGCUGGCUUGAAAACGGCAAGGCCCUCGGCUACUACCUCCUCAAGUCAGGGGAUACCCUGGAGUACCGCAAGAAACUGCGGCCACUCCGCGUGCGCAUGUUGGACGGCUCCGUGAAGACAGUGCUGGUGGAUGACAGUCAGCCCAUUGCCAACCUCAUGGUAGUCAUCUGCACCAAGAUUGGCAUCACCAACCACGACGAGUUUUCCCUGGUACGUGACCUACCAGAUGAAAACAAGGAGCCCUACACUGGAACACUGACCCUUCGCAGGGAGAAAAAGGACAAAGAUCGCGACCAGAAAAUGGAACAGCUCAAGAAAAAACUCAAGACUGAUGACGAUUUGAAUUGGGUGGACCACUCCAAGACACUGCGUGAGCUGGGAGUGGAUGAAGAUGAGAUGCUUACCUUGCGACGAAAGUACUUCUUUUCCGACUCAAACGUUGACUCGAGAGACCCCGUUCAGCUCAACCUGCUGUAUGUUCAGGCUCGAGAUGCCAUCCUGAACACGACUCACCCAGUCACACUGGAAGAAGCCUGCAAGUUUGCAGGCCUCCAGUGCCAGAUACAGUUUGGUGAUCACAACGAGACUAAACACAAGGCCGGUUUCCUGGACUUGAAGGAGUUUUUGCCAAAGGACUAUGCCAAGAUCAAAGGCAUCGAGAAGAAGAUAUUUGCGGAGCACCGCAAGAACAUUGGCACAUCUGAGCUCGAUGCCAAAGUGAAGUAUGUCGCUUUGGCUCGCUCCCUCAAGACCUAUGGUGUGACCUUUUUUCUUGUCAAGGAGAAAAUGAAAGGAAAGAACAAGCUAGUGCCUCGGCUGCUUGGGGUCACCAAGGACAGUGUCAUGCGCCUGGAUGAGCGCACCAAGGAGAUCAUGAAAGUGUGGCCCCUGACUACGGUUCGUCGCUGGGCUGCCUCACCAAACAGUUUCACUCUGGACUUUGGGGACUAUUCGGAGUCGUACUACUCUGUGCAAACCACCGAGGGAGAGCAGAUCUCGCAGCUUAUUGCAGGCUACAUUGACAUUAUCCUCAAAAAGAAAAAGGCCAAGGACCACCUGGGCAUUGAUGGAGACGAGGGCUCCACCAUGGUAGAGGACAGUGUCUCACCGGCCAAAGCCACCAUCCUGCAGCACACGCCUGCGGCCAAGCCCUCUCAGCCAGCCGUGGGCUUGGUCGCCCUCCCAGGAGUGGUUCGUCCAGGCACCAAAGGACCCCAGGUGCCAGUGAAGGGCCACAUGCCAGCCCCUCAGCAACAAAUGGAGACUGGCCAAGCAAUCAGUGCACACAGUGCGACUAUGCCGGCCCAGCAGCCAUACGUGCGGGAGCUCCAGUCGGAGCCGCAGCGUGCCCUGCUGGGCAGCCUGGGUGCUGGUCGGGACGCUGUCCAGGCCUCGCUGCAGGAGCUGGAGGUGCCCCAGGCACGGCCCCAGCUGGGCUCUGACCCGGCUUCGCUGCAGUGGCGCCAGAGCCACCUUGACACACACCGUCAGAAUGUCAGCUCCCAGAUUGCAGCCAUGAACGCAGCCACUGCACAGGUGGUCACCCUUACUGCAGCUCCUCCAGAAGAAAUGAACCAGCCAGCGGUUGGAGCAGCCAUCACAACUAUCGCCAGCAAUUUGCCAGAAAUGUCGAAGGAUGUGAAGAUGAUAGCUGCCCUGAUGGAUGAUGAGGACUCAGGCGAGAAACUAUUGGAUGCCGCACGGCGUCUCUGCAAUGCCUUCUCUGACCUGCUUCGUGCUGCCGAGCCCCAGAACCAAGAGCCCCGCCAGAGCCUGCUGAAUGCUGCCAGCCGAGUGGGCGAGGCCAGCCAUGCUGUUCUGUACACUAUUGGUGAGGAGGACGAAGCAGACCUGGAGCUUCAGGAUCAGCUACUGGCCGCAGCCAAGCAGGUGGCCAAUGCGACGGCGGCCCUUGUGUUGCAGGCCAAGAAUGUGGCCUCCACUUGUGAUGACCAGGGCCAACAGAACAGGGUGAUUGGUGCUGCCACUCAGGGAGCCCUGGCCACUUCCCAGCUCGUGGCCUGCACAAAGAUAGUGGCACCCACCAUCAUGAGCCCCAGUUGCCAGGAGCAGUUGACGGAAGCCUCCAAGGAGGUUGGCAUGAGUGUGGAUGCCAUUGUGGCCAGCUGUGAGGAGGCCACUAACCAAGAGCCCCUGCUGUCGGACCUGCGGGCAGCAGCUGCACAGGUCAGCCAUGCCCUUGAAGAACUGCUGCUGCUCAUCCGAGGGGCACCAGAGCGACGUGCACGAGCCACAAUAGCACAGGACGGUGCUUUGGACACUAUUUUGGAUGCCACUGACCGGCUCUUCUCCAGCACUGGAGAUGCCCCGGAGAUGGUGCGACAGGCCAAGGUUCUGGCACGAGCCACUGCCCAGCUGAUCCAGGCUAUCAAGGGCGAAGCCCAAGCUGAGCCAGACUCCGACCAACAGAAACGACUGCUGGCAGCUGCCAAGGUGCUGGCUGAUGCCACGGCUCGCAUGAUUGAAGCUGCAAAGGGUUGUGCCAGCAAUCCUCAUGACUCGGAAAACCAGGCAGCCCUGCGGAAAGCAGCGGAGGAGCUUCGUCAUGCCACCAAUGUAGCAGCCAGCAAUGCUCUCAAGCGCAAGAUCAUUGUUCGCCUGGAGAAUGCGGCUCGCCAUGCAUCUUCAGCUGCUACACAGAAUAUUGCAGCCGCUCAGAACGCCAGUCCCUACAACAGCAACAUAAUGCUUCAGGAAGAGCUCAUGAGGAGCUGCCGGGAUGUGGCCGGUGUCAUCCCUCGAGUGGUGCAGGGCAUCAAAGGCACCGUGGCUGAACCGGACAGUCCUAUGGCUCACCACAAGCUACUCACCUCGUGUCAAGAACUCAUCCCGCCGGCCAGCCAAAUGGUGUCCGCAUCCAAAGUCUGCGUGCCUACCAUUGUGGAGCCAGCCUGCGCGUUGCAGCUCAGCAGUUCUACUAAGCAGGUGUCAUCCACCCUGGCUGACCUGCGCAUUGCCCUGGACAAGGCUCAGGAGACAUGUGGGCGUCAACAGCAGGAGAUCGACAGUGCAUUGGAGCGCAUUCGGGAGCUAGAUCAGGAGCUGGUGGACAUCCACAGGGCAGCAGUGGCCAACCAGCUGAGACCCCUUCCUGGCGAGAACAGCGAGCUGUGUGCCCUCAAGUUGGGUGCCACAUCAAAGGUGGUGGGAUCCUCCAUGGCCCAGCUGCUCACUGCUGCAUCCCAGGGUAACGAGAGCUACACUGGCACCGCGGCCCGAGACACAGCCAGUGCCCUGCAGCAGCUGGUGGAGGCCGUGCGUGGCGUUGUGGCGUCCAGCGGCGGAGAGGCCCAGCGCCUGGUGGAGCCAGCGCGCCAGGUGCUGGAGCGGUCGUGCCAACUGCUCGAGGAGGCCCGGCAGGCUGUGCUGCGCCCGGACGAGCCAGACAAACAGCAGCGGCUGGCGCACGUGGCCAAGUCGGUGUCAGCGGCUCUCAAUGCUUGCAUCAACUGCCUGCCGGGUCAGAAGGAUGUGGACGACGUCAUUCGCACCAUCACCGAAAGCUCACAGGCGCUGAAUGCUCACGAGUUCCCCAGCAGCAACCGACCUUACGGUGAGCUCCAGGCCAACCUGAAUGCAGCUGCAGCCGAGCUCAAUGAAGCUACGAGUCACAUGGUGCAGUCCUCGCGCGGCAACGCUGCCCAGCUGGCAUCGUCUGUGCGCCACUUUGGGACAGCCUUUGGUAGCUUGUUGGGCUGUGGCAUGGAGAUGGCCGGCCAGACCCAGGACCAGGAGGUGCGCUCCCAAAUGGUGGUAAGCCUUAAAAAUGUGUCGAUGGUGUCGAGCAAGCUGCUGGUGGCAGCCAAGUCGGUGGCGGCCGACCCGAGUGCCCCCAAUGCCAAAAAUCAGCUGGCAGUAGCUGCCCGCACCGUAACCGAGAGCAUCAACCUCCUGGUCAAUGUGUGCACCUCGGCUGCGCCCGGACAGAAGGAGUGUGACAGUGCAGUGCGUGCCAUUCAGAUGAUGCGCCCUAUGUUGGAUCAGCCAAAUGAACCAGUCAACGACCUCACAUACUAUGACUGUCUUGACACCGUUUUGGAGAGAUCACAGAGCCUGGGGGAUGCAAUGACUGGCAUCGCCGACCAUGCCAAGCACAGUGAGCAUGAGCAGUUUAGCGAGAGUGUGCGGGAAGUGUCAACCACCAUCUGCACCCUGGUAGAGGCUUCAGCCCAGGCGGCCUACUUGGUGGGUGCAUCUGAUUCCUCGAGUAUGGCCGGCAAGCCCGGUCUAGUAGACCUGUCACACUUUGCACGGGCUAGCCAGGCCAUCCAGAUGGCAUGCCAGCAGCUAUCAAAUCCUGCCAGCAGCCAGCCACAGAUUUUGUCGGCAGCCACAGUGAUUGCCAAGCACACGUCGUCCCUGUGCAAUGCUUGCCGAGUGGCAUCGUCCAAGACUACCAAUCCUGUUGCGAAACGCCAUUUUGUCCAGUCGGCAAAGGAUGUAGCAAGUGCCACUGCCAGCCUCGUCAAGGAAAUCAAGAUGCUGGACCAAGAGCCUAGUGAUGCCAACAGGCAGCGGUGCGGGGAAGCCACACGACCGCUGAUAGACGCCGUGGACAGCCUCACCACAUUUGCCAGCUCUCCCGAGUUUGCUGGAGUGCCAGCCAAGAUUAGUCACAAGGCCAGAGUCGCCCAGGAGCCCAUUUUGGCAGCCGGGCGGUCUAUCAUUGAUGGAUCGUGCAGCAUGAUUCUGUCGGCCAAAUCCUUGGUGCUGAAUCCAAAGGACCCACCGGCCUGGCAGAGCCUGGGUGCCCACAGCAAGGAGGUCUCAGACGGCAUCAAGAGGCUCGUCUCGUCAAUCAAGGAUGAGGCACCCGGCCAGAAGGAGUGUGACGAGGCCAUCGACAAGUUGAAUGCUGCCAUCCGGGAGCUGGAUCGUGCCUCCCUGAACAUCCUCAGCCAGGAGAGCGCUCACCAGGCUGACAGCAGCCUGCUCAAGACUUACCAGGAGCAAAUGGAGUCAAGUGCAUCGGAGAUCUUAGACAUCAUUGAGCCCCUUCGCUAUGCAGCCAAGGGAGAAGCCGAGAAGCUGGGACACACGGUGAACCAGGCAGUUGGCUACCUGGGCCCUCUGGUGCAGAAUGUCAUAGCGGGGGCAUCACAUACUCUUCACUCAAAGCGCCAGAUGGCAUUGCUCGACCAGACCAAGACUGUGGCUGAAGGCAUGUUGCAACUGGUGUAUGCAUCCAAGCAGGCUGCCGGUAAUCCAAAGGCAGUGCACGUGCAUGGAGACGUGGAAGAGGCAGCGGACAAUACACGGGAUGCCUUGCAAGAGCUCUUGCGCACACUGGAGUCGGCAGCCACAGAGGCGGGUGUCGUCACAGGCCUGGUCGACUCGGUCAGCAAGGCCAUGUACCGGCUGGAAGAGCGCUCCACCAUCACCAUCGGUGGUCUACGCUCCAGUGGCAGCUACAGCAGUGCAGUGGAGCCCGAGUUGUCUUAUGUGGACUACCAGACCCGCAUGGUUCGGUCGGCCAAGGAGGUGGCCCGAGUGGCGCAGGACAUGGUCACACACGCCAGCCAUGAUUCAUCUCGGCUGACACCUCUGGCCGCCGACUUGUCGCACCACUAUGCUGCCCUGGCAGGGGACGCUCGGGGUGCCAUGGCCACCAGCACCAGUGUAGAGGUUCCUGGGCGCAUUCGUGCAGGAGUGCAGGACUUGGGCAAAGCGUGCAUCAGUCUGACCAAAUCAGCCGGUGCUUGCCAGAGCAGCCCUGGGGACAUCUACACACAGCGAGAGCUGGCUGAAAAUGCCCGUUCAGUUUCAGAAAAGGUUUCACACAUUAUGGCUGCCCUGCAGGCCGGCUCUCGAGGCACCCAAGCAUGCAUAAAUGCAGCCAGCACGGUGAGUGGCAUUAUCGGUGACCUGGACACGACCAUCAUGUUUGCCACCGCGGGUACCCUGCACUCUGAGAAAGAAGGCGACCAGUUUGUCGACCACCGGGAGAACAUCCUCAAGACGGCCAAGGCCCUGGUGGAAGACACCAAGACCCUGGUGGCCGGCGCAGCAUCCAGCCAAGAGCAGUUAGCCGUGGCCGCCCAGAAUGCCGUCUCUACCAUUGUGCAGCUGGCCGAGGCAGUCAAACUGGGUGCUGCCUCACUAGGUGCUCACAAUCCGGAAGCCCAAGUGCUGCUCGUCAAUGCGGUCAAGGACGUUGCCGCCGCCUUGGGAGACCUAGUGCAGGCCACCAAGGCCGCCUCAGGAAAGGGCAUCGACCAUCCAGCCAUGGCACACCUGAAAGAUUCAGCAAAGGUGAUGGUGACUAAUGUAACAUCGCUACUCAAGACUGUUCGAGCUGUGGAGGACGAGCAUGCGCGUGGAACUCGUGCCCUGGAGUCCACGGUCGAGGCAAUCUUGCAGGAAGUUCGGGCAUUUGACUCGAGUGAGCCACCGUUGCGGCAAGCCGGUCCUGAAGAUCUGGUGCGUGCCACGCAGCCCGUCACACUAGCCACUGCUAAGGCAGUGGCAGCUGGCAACAGUGGACAGCAAGGAGACAUCAUAGUGGCUGCCAACAUGGGUCGCAAGGCCAUCUUUGACCUCCUCUCAGUCACCAAGUCUGCCUCGUGCUUGGCUGAGACCCAAGAGCUCAAGUCACGAGUGCUCAGCUCAGGCCGGGAGUGUGCCAUUCGUUAUCGAGAGCUUCUCCAACUGGUGCUUGAGGUUGUUCAGAAACCUACAGGGGAAGGCAAACAGGCACUGGUGUCGACGUCACGCAACAUUGCUGUAGCCGUCACAGAAAUAGUUGCAGCUGCAGAAGCACUUAAAGGCACUGACUGGGCCGACCCAAAUGAUCCAACAGUCAUUGCAGAAACAGAGCUGCUGGGCGCUGCAUCAUCGAUUGAAGCUGCUGCACGGAAGCUAGCCAACCUGCAACCACGUAGGAGUGUCAAGGAAGCAGAUGAAAACCUCAACUUUGAUGAGAUGAUCCUGGAGGCUGCCAAGUCAAUUACGGCCGCCACAUCGGCCUUAGUGCGGGCGGCUUCAGCGGCCCAGAGGGAGCUUGUUGCUGCGGGCAAGCUGGGUGAGCGGUUACCAUGCAGUUCAGCUGACGGCCAGUGGUCCGAAGGACUGGUUUCAGCGGCUCGCCUUGUCGCAGCAGCCACACACAGCCUGGUAGAGUCGGCAAACUGGCUGGUGCAGGGCCAGGCAUCGGAAGAGAAGCUCAUCUCCUCGGCCAAGCAGGUGGCCAGCUCCACGGCACAGCUUCUUGUUGCUUGCAAGGUGAAGGCAGAGCCAGACUCGUCAUCGAUGCGAGGCCUGCAGGCGGCCGGCAAUGCAGUCAAGCAGGCCACUGACCAUCUCGUGCGUGCAGCGCAGCGAUCCAUUGCACAGGAGCAGGAGUUCCGACUGGUCAUUAACCAGCGCAUGGUGGGCGGCAUUGCCCAAGAGAUUGGUGCUCGCGAAGAGAUUUUGCGUAAGGAGCGGGAGCUCGAGGAGGCCCACGAGCGGCUCCGACAGCUGCGGCUGGCGAAGUAUGGCACUACCGCUGAUGGCAUACGCUAGCCUUUGAUUAAAUGCUGUCCAGACAUUGAAAAGUAGCAAGCCACAGUGAAAAAAUACAGUACUUUUUUUAUUCUUGUUUUUCACUAUCACUGCUUGUUCACAAUGGAAAUGCUGACUAAGUAAAAGCUUCUGAAAAAAGUCUCUAGCUCUCUAUACAAAAUUAUCUGUAUCGGUGAUAUAAAGUGGCAUCGUGCUUUUGGUUUCCUUUCUGUGGCUGAGAUAUGAGCAUUUUCUCUGUUGAUUUAGUGAUAUGAUGUUUGAGAAUGUUUAACAAAAGCAUUUGUUACUACGAGCCCUGUAGCCAUUCACAAUUCAUCAUUCGCAAUUGAGCCAGCCCAAUUGUGAAUGAUGCUAAUCCAACAUAAAUCAGCAUUCUUACAUGUGCCAGUGUCUCAGAAUUAGUUUUCUCCCUGAGUAAUAACUAGUACGAAACUCUAUGGUGACGACCAUGGUGCCGCUGGGUUUCCUCAACAGCUGAGCUGGCUGGCAGAACACAUGUAAUGGCGCACAUCCACAUGCCAAAUAAUGUAUACCCGAAUCACGGAAGAAGCUUCGUGCACGGAAACAAAUCCUUUAGAUUAAUCAGAUAACGCUUGCUUGCAUAGUUUAUACCCCCCACUUGCUUGUCUAGGACUUUACCCGUAGCUGCUUUGUGAUCAUCAUCAGCUUGACUACGCCAAUUUCAAAAUGAAGACCUCUUCCCACCUGGUCCUGCGCUUGCCACCUGCAAACUCCUUAAUCUCAGCUGCCACCUGUCUCCCCCUUGGGCUUGUCUUGGAAUCCUGCCUACGCGCUACAUGUCAGCUCACAUCUAUUUCAUCCUCUUGAUUUCAACUAUGAUGACCAUAUUUUCGUGCCUAGCCACUGCUUUCUUCCUGUCUUUUAAAGGGGCGCCUCAACACUUUCUCAAGUAGCCAUGUAAUGGAUUCAGUAAAGAAGCUUAUUGCCUCACAAAUUCAUUGCUACAAGAUUUUUCGAAUCCAUACAAUACGAGCAGAGUUGCAAAUAUUUGUCGUACGCUUGUCAUUCCAUUUUCUCUCGUCCCAACGAAAACACUGGAAGUUAAGCAGGGAUGGAUGGCAUGCAACUUUUCAGUUCAAUUGCGUGCACAUGCAUGGACGGCCACCAACGGCGGGCCCAGUAAGGAGCGAGGUACAGUGACUGUGACGUGAUUUUUGAGCUUGUCGCAUCAUUUGGCGAGAGAAGAGAAAGCAAUUGAUAGUCGAGUGAGAAUUUAUUAGGGCCACGUGAGGUGCAAUACUAUUUAUCUUGCGUGUUCUCUGUAUACUCAACUACCGAUCGGCACCAUUUCUUGACCAUGCUCAGAAAGGGCUGCAGGCUUCGUUAUUUUUAUUUUAAUAAACGCCUCUUUCUUGGUGCACACAGGUCCAUCUUUUGAUGAGCGUUCUGCUCAGCGUUCAAUGGGAAAUUUCUUUGAAUAAGCUUUUGGUGCUCAUACUUUUCCUAAGCAGUCUCUGCAGCUUUCUCUCAUCAAAGUAGGCACAUUGUUCUGAAUGAAUGAGCAAGCUAACCACUGAGCACUAGUAGUACGACGGGGGAAUUGAGUCAAAGUACACUUGACCAAGGCAGGAUGGCGUUUCGUACGCAUCAAAGACGAACCAAGUGACGCAUACCUUGACAACACUUGGUUGUAAACAAGGGGCUUGUAGUGGCAUCAAUUUUUCUUUAGAUGCAAAGCAGUUAAUGACAAGAGCUGUGUCCAUUGCUCCCUCACUUCUUCUCGUGGUGCCUUCUCAGCAUGUGUGGUCCCUCGCCCUCUCUCUCCUCUGGGAAUCCUUUGCUCGAUGGAACGGCAUGCACAACAGAUGGUGCAACAGCUGUAUACUCCGUUGGUGGCACCACUGCAGUUUCGCAGUAUAAAAUUGACAGGGCCCACGCGCCUCAUUCUCUUCUGUGCAAUGCCACCAUGAGCGCCAGUGUUAACGCUGCCUCCAGUAUCAGCGUUACUGCCAGCACGAGCUCUCAGUAAGGUGCCCUGUUUACUCGCCUAAUGAAAGCACUCGCAUUAUAACCACACCCCCACUUUCAGUCGUCAAAAUUAGAUUUUUUUUCCUCCCUCGUAAUAAAUGUGCCCUCACAUUCAUUCGCUGCAGUCCUGCUAACAGACACCCUGGCACCUCCUUGUCCAUUGGAUCUCGAUGGUUUUUUAAUAUUAUGCCGACCCCCAUCAACGGCCUCGGCUCACUCCCUCUCCCCCUUCGCUGCUGCCGCGUGCUGUACUGUUUUUUUUUUCUGUGUGCGGCACGUUCUCUGUUUUUUCAAUUACCUGCGCGCCACAGUGGGGUUCAUGAACGGUGGAAGUGUUUAGACAUCACAGCUGACAAGCGCACAGCAAUCGAAUGUCACGAAACUGCCCAGGCCAUCAGACUGAUGCUUCCUGCAAAUACAAAAGGCCCAACCACAUGCACGCAAUUUUCGAGCAAUGACAACAGGAUUUGCUGUCGCAAUGACUGUCGUGAAGGUCCAUUCGUCGUCAUCGCGUUGCAGGUUUCUGGAAAACCAGAAAAAAAAUCACUUGUUGCCCAAAAAAUAUCGCGAUUUUUCCAACAUGGUAGCACCCCUAUAUAUUGCCUCGGUGACAAUUUGCUCUUUAUACUUAUCCGUGCGUACUUCAAUGAUUGCAAGAUAUAUGCUACCUUUCCUACAGUAACUUCUCAUGUAGAGAGUGAGACAGGGGCCCUUUUUUGUCAUUAACUUCUUAUCGACGGUUCAUUUUGAUGUUUUGGUGGUCGCUUGCUGCAAUGUCAACGGCGGCGGCGUGGUCAUCGUGCAAGGUUGCCCGAAGUUAGCAAAGUUUGACAUAGCGCAUGCUUCUCAGAGCCUCUCGAGGUCAGAGCAAAUACCACUGUUGCAGUUAAACAAUUGCGAGAAAAGAAAGCCACGAAAUGCUUUGAUAGAGUGUGCGGGCAGCACAAGGACAGCUUGCUGAAGAUAGCACCGUGAGUGAAGUUCAACAAAGAAGCGAGCUUACUUUUUUCUUUUUUUUUCCGAUUACCGCAUUUUGGGCUCUUUUUAAAAAAGUUUGCCUAAAUUAUGCCACGCAUAAUAAAUGCACCCCCAACUUUGCUUUGAUUUUUCGAGAAAAAAAAGUAUGUUCAUUACGCAAGUAAAUACGGUACACCAGCUGCCACUCGAGCGAACUAUUUCCCCGCUGCUUUGCAUAACCCUCUUUAGCGAGAUAUGGCAUAGGCGUAAUUUGACCUUUUCAGUGGCUUCCCAUGACAAGUUUUGGGUCAAUAGCUUUAAAGUGAUGUUUGACUAAAUGUGCCACUCACUGUGCCUGCUUCACAUGCUGUAUCUGACUUACAUGUGUUAUAAUAAAUGGCAGACAUAACCUGAGUGUGCCGUAAUGUAGCAAUGUCAAAUAUUGUGGCUCUUGUGACACUCACUUUUUUGUGAAUUGCCCAUGCUCUCGAUGUUGUUAUCCAGUGGUAAAAAUUUUUUAUUUUUCUUACCUUCUCUACAGCACGGGUUAAAAUACCGAAUGUAGUAAUUGUUGUGUGUGUGGCCCUGGCAAUGCACCAGCAUCGAUACAACUAAAUAAUUGUUAGUGAAUUGUCUUAAGGUUCAGGGUGCGGUACUUGUGCAUUUUUGUUUUGCAUUCCCUCAUGUCACUCACAUAGUAGCAGCCUGCGAAGGUCUGUCUUUUAAUACACAUCAGGAAUAAUUCUAGACUUGUCCGUUGCAGUUCCCAGUGUGACCACUGUUCAGUUUCUGGCACUGAGGUGAGCAGGGUUUCUUCUGUAGCAGCUUUGUUGAAUAGCACCAUGCCAAAGGCAUAAUUGAACAUGUCAUAGCUUGAAAAACGUACAAAAUUUAUCUUGUUGCGAAGAAGUGACAUUGUUACAAAGAAGUGUACCUACAGUCAAAAGACUGGUUAGCCACGGGCAAAGGACGUCGCUCAUAUGAAGGAUGGCACUUGCGAAACCCUGAUGUAUGGGCGGCGACGUCACUAGCUGUAGCACACGGGAAGAGGUCGAGACGCUCGUGGCUGCUCAGAGUAACCAGUUCUUUGAGUAGGCCCAAGAUGGUAGUGGCGCUCUUUAUGUAUGCCAUAGCCAGCUGACAUUCGCUUAGUGAAACGAGGUGGUCGCGAGCGGCGUUCUUCAUUAGAGGGUGGCCGAUACGAGAAGGCAGAUUGCCGUGUGCCCUGUAGAAUCUGCUGAAUUCACUGGUGGUUGCCAUGGAGCUAUAGAAGCUAGAGUUUGUGCGGGUUGUGCGUUUUGUACAUAGCCAUCCUGAAAGUCACUCAAGCCACAAGACACAUGAAAGAUUUGCUGACAUCGGAGCAGUUCUUCUCUCACAAUCUCCCAAAUUGUUGACAGGAGGUCAUCUGACGCCGCUGGGACGUUAGAGAGGCGGCCACAUUUUGGCGCUAUCAGCCGCAUCUUUAGCGUUUCAAAUGUGCUUCACCACUUCAGACAUCGAGGUCAAGCUCUCUUUUCCAAUUAGAAAAUUGUAUAGAUCUUCUGCAAUCCCUUUCAAAAUGUGUCCGACCUUAUCCUCUUCAGGCAUACUGGCAUUAACUGUGUUGCAGAGCUUCAAUAUUUCUUCAAUGUGCUCUUUGUGCUAAUGUCGUCUCUGCCCGCUUCUUCUUUGUGUUAAAAAUCUCUGAAACACUUUUUUUACUUCUUCAACAAAACGAUCCCAAGGCAUGAAAAUGUCUUCAUGGUUUUCAUGCCACGCCAGAGCUGUGUCAGUUAGUGAGAACACAACAAGGCUGAGCUGUUCUGUCGUGUCCCAGCCAUUGCUUCGGCUCACCCUACUGUAUUUAUUUCUUCAGCCAGUCGUCCACAUUCUCGACAAACAUCCCGCCAAAGUUCGGUGAACCCCGGUAGUACAGCAGGGAAUCCAUCGGUGUCGCCCUUGAAGCACCAGAGAGCUCUGGUCCUAAGACAUCUCGAUAGGCAAUGGCAGAAGUCUGGCAAGGCGGCCACUGCAGCAAAGUUCAGAUAGUAGUACUUACGUUGUUGGGUACAUCGUAACCCGCACCUUCCACCAAUCUGUUGCUCUCACAGGCAAGGUUUGGAGGGGAAGUUUAAUGAGAGCGGUGACACAAAAGACUGUGGUGAUCACAGAAGCAGCGUCGUCGUUCUCCUCUUCUACUCCAGUUUCUCUCGGUUUCCACUUGCAGGUACACUUCUUCAUAACAAUAUGUACUACCAAAGGCCCAAGUACAAAACUACACUUUAAUUAUGUCGCUGUCCUUUACAAAGUCGUGUGCUGGUCCUGCUCUUUUCACACGCCCUGUAUUGGUGACUUUAUGUGAUGAACACGGAGAUAAGUGCCAAGUUUUUGCUGUUUUGGAACAAGACCCAGGUUUUAAUUUGAUGCGUAACCUUUCAUUUUGCAUCAUUAUGAGGGCUUUGUGCUGAAAUGCUACAGCAACCAUCACUAUCAUUUUCAUGUUAAGAACAAAUGCCAUUUUCCACGACUUAUGGGGUAUUGCUACCUAAAUACUGCUGUGUUAAGACAUAGCUUGCUUACAUGCAGUGUUUUUUAACUUUUUGUGCGUCCCAGAAAUUAACACUUGUGCUUUUAUUUAGUGUACUGAUUCUUGGCUUAAUGGUGUGUAUUGUAGUAAUGUAGUAGUAAUAGACCUGGCUAAAAAUCCAGGAGGUCUUGCCCAUCUUUUUCUGACCCGUUACUAUAAUAAGUUGUCAAAAUGCUGUCAAAGUGCCUUGUAUUUUGGUUUGACUGCCCUACUUACAGCAAAAGAAAUAUGCCGAUUGCAUUCAUAACCAUUGUGCCUGAAAAUAAAUAUGGAUAAGCUACUUGAUUGACUACAUUA